ACCAAGCGUCUCGCCUUCAUCGGUAGGUGAAGCGGUGUUGGCUCUGGAUGGAAAUGGGAGCUUGUAAUGGGUCCUUUCAUCUAUCACGAGGGGAACCACUGAACGCCAUUCUUUCCCUUUCCCCGCAAUAGGCGGCGGCAACAUGGGCGCGGCCAUAAUCGGCGGUCUCAUCUCCGCCGGCUACUCCCCGAAAAACAUCAUCGUCUCCGAACCCGACGCGCACGCCCGCUCCAAGCUCGAAGCAACCUUCGGCGUCCUCACCACCGCCGACAACAGCGCCGCAGUCGCCUUCUCCACCGCUUCAACCACCUCAGGCGACCAGGGCGCCGACCUCGUCAUGCUGGCCGUCAAGCCGCAAAUCAUGAAAGACGUCGCGACGGGCGUCUCCGCCGCCGUGCUGCAACACAAACCGGUCGUCGUCACCAUAGCGGCCGGGAUCGUCCUCUCCGACCUCGACAAAUGGCUCCGUUCGUCAUCGUCCGACUCCUCCUCCGCACCCUCCCUCGUCCGCUGCAUGCCCAACACCCCCGCCCUCGUCUCCGAAGGCGCCGCCGGCCUCUACGCCACGGCCGCCACCACCGCCCCGCAGAAACAACUGGCGGCCUCCGUCCUAUCCGCCGUCUCCAAAGCACUCUACUGGGUCGACUCCGAACACCUCCUGGACGUCGUCACGGGCGUCUCCGGCUCGGGCCCCGCGUACUUCUUCCUCAUCGUGGAAGCCAUGGCCAACGCCGGCAAGGAGCUGGGGUUGCCGUAUGAUGUGGCCUAUGGGCUGGCGAGGCAGACGUGUCUUGGGGCCGGGAGGAUGAUGGUGAGUACGGGGGAGGAUCCGGCCGAGUUGAGAAGGAAGGUUACCAGCCCGAAUGGAACGACGCAUGCGGCGGUUGUGUCGUUGGAGGCGAGUGGGGUUAGGGAGGCCGUUAGAGAGGCUGUGGUUAAGGCCACGGAGAGGAGUGAGGAGAUGGGCAAGCUUUUUGCCUAAGUGGGGGGGGGGGGGGGGG